CAUGCUUGUACGUUUACGUUUACAUACAUGUAAAGUUGAAUAAAACCCACGUGUUCAUAAGAAAUAAGUAAACUUAUUAUUAAUAAUAAUAUAUAAAAUUAAAAAUGACUAAAAUACGUAAAGUUAAACGCCGUCAAAAGUACAAAGUUGAUGUCAAUCGCAAAAGACUAAGGAAUAAAUUAAGGAAAAAACCUAAUAUUCAAUGUGAUCAAAUAAAAAAUGCCUGGGAAGAUAAAAAAUCAAUCCGCCGAAAUUUAUCACAAAUGGGUCUGGCCUACGACGCAAAUCAAUUAUUUAAAGUACCCAGCAAUAAAACGCAAAUAAUCAAAGCCGUAAAAUCCUUGGAAUCCCCUGAAGAAGAAGAAGAAAUCCAAAAAGACAGACCAAAAUCCAAAAAACCAGAUAAAAAAAUAAAAAAAAAUGUAGCGAUGGAACUGGAAGCGGAGGCGCGCGCCCCGAGGGAGCGGAAAUUCCGCGUUCCCCAGAACCAGGUAAUUUUCGUGACCUACAUGAUGGACAAGUACGGCGAAGACUACGAAGCGAUGGCCAGAGACAAGAAGAACUACUACCAGUUGACCUGGAGGCAGAUCAGGAAGCAGAUCAAUGUCUUCAAAGGAGUUCCCGAGCAAUACGCGGAGUAUCUGGUGAAGAAAGGGGAGAUUGUGCUGGACGACCCGGAGCCUCUGGAGGUCACCAAGAAGAAGAUCAGUGAGGAGAACGUCAGAAAGUUCAACCUGCCUCAGCCUGGAAGCAAGAGGCAGAUGAAGAAGAAUAAGAAGACGACCAAGGAAUGGAUUGAGGAAGAAGUCAGGAGGGAGGAAGAAAAGAAUCAUGAUGAUUUUGAAGAUGCUGCUGAUGAUGCUGAUGGCUUGGAAGAUAUUCAUAUUGAUGGUCAGGACAAGGGAGGCAAGAAGAUCCAAUUGUUCUCUGAUGAUGAUGAUGAUGAUGAUGAUGAUGAUGAUGAUGAUGAUGAUGAAGAUGAUGAUCAGCCAGAAAAGAAAAAGAAGAAGAAAAUGGAUGACAGUGAUAGUGACUCACCAGGCGAGUUAGAGGACGACCAGGAUGGAGAAUUUGUCAGCCUGAGUGAUAUGAGCGACCAAGAGCUCUCUGAAGAUGACGAUGCUGAAUUGUCGAGUGACUCUGAGUGAGAAUUUUUAUUGAGAAUAAUUGUAAAUUAAAUAAAUAAUUUUUUUAAAUAUA